CUGCGGUUCCACACGUGUAAGUGAAAAAACAUCGAGUCAAAAUGAAAACACCAAAACCCAAAGAAUCUAUAAAAGCUGAAUUAAAGCCGAUAAAGAAGGAGCCCGGUGUUGCGGAGGAGGGCAAAGUGGUCAAGAAGGGAAAAUCCAAGCCCAAAAAGAAGGUGGUCAAAGUGACUAAGGAGGAGGUAAAGAACGCCGUCCAGGAGAGUCCCAAGAAGUUGUCGGAAAUAGACCUAGCCAAGAUCGAGAAAAAGAAAGCUAAAAAGCAGGCCCAAAAGCUAAAGAAGCAGCAGAAUAAACAGCUCCCCAAAGAGGUCAAGAAGGAACCGGAAACUCCAAUUAAAGUUGAGGGAAAGGUCGUUAAAAAGGAGACAACGGAAACCAAGUCCGCUGCCAAGGAAAAUCCUAAAGCAAAAGUGACUAAGAAAGCCAAAGCCAACAACAAGAAUGAAGAAGGUGUUAAGAGGGAACGCAAUCCCGCGGACGAAGCAGCAACCGUGUUUGUGGGCAAUCUGCCCAUCAACACCAAGCGCGUCCAGCUGGUGAAGCUCUUCCAGCCCUACGGAGUGGUCCAAUCUAUCCGCCUGCGAACUGCCGGUGGCAAGCAGCUCUUCAAGCACAAACAGCGCAAGGGAGCGGGCUCCCUCAACGCGUAUGUCGUCCUACAGAACGCAGAGAUUGCGAAACAGGCGCUGGCACUUAAUGGCUCCGAAUUCAAAGAGAAUCACCUGCGAGUGACACCGGCAGCCAAGGCGGAAUCAUAUGCACAGGGACAGGACCAGCAGCCUAAUGACACGGAUGCCAAACGCACCAUUUUCGUGGGCAGUUUGAAAUACUCGGCCAACGAAGAGAAGCUGCGAGAGAUCUUCUCCAGCUGCGGAGAGAUUGACUACAUUCGCUGCCUCCAGGAGGGCGACAAAGGCUGCAAGGGCGUGGCCUAUGUGUGCUUCCAGAAACCCGAUGCCGUAGGCUUGGCUCUGGAGCUGAAUGAGACCCUUCUGGACGACAGACCCAUAAAUGUAGAACGCUAUCAGGUUAAGAAACUGGGAGCCAAACAAGUACGCGACGCUGCUGCCGCAUCAGCUGCAUCCAGCACAUCCUCAAAGACCAAGGCCAAGAAACAGAACUCGGCGGGUGCUAAGAAGCGACUGGACAAGAAGAAGGGCAAGGAGAAUGGUACGGCAGCAAAGGAAACCAACACAGCAGGAACUGGUCAGAAGAAGAAGUCUGAGUAUCGGGGCGUGAAAGUCGACGGCAUUAAGAAGGCCAAGAAGCCCAAAAAGAAGAGCAACGACCAACAGACUGCUCUGGCCAAAAAGAUAGCCCCCAAGCCCAAGAGUUAAUUUAGAUAUGGACUAGGUCUAAGGUUUUAAAUAAGUUGCAAUCUAAUCGAAGGGAAUUCUUUGGACUUUCUGUUACGAAGUUGACCACCGGUUUAGUUCCUGUGAAGGAUACACAAUUUGAUGUAGACGAAGUAAUCGUUGAAGGAUUACCUUAAAGAUUAAAAUAAAAAGUGUAAUUUUUUAAA